AUGCCAUCAGAGAAACCGCCAUUACCACCCGGAGGAGGAGGAGGUGAACAGCUCCUCCCAACUCACGCCGCCGCCGCCGCCGUCUCAUUACCUCAACCCCCCGCCCCAUCAUCAUCACCAUCACCAUCAUCAAACGGCAAACCAGAAGAGCCAUGGCACAGAAUCCACCUCGGCCGAGGCAUGUACCUCGACAUCAAACGCCGCCUGCCCUACUACUGGUCCGACUGGACCGACGCCUGGGAUUACCGUGUCGUGCCGGCGACGGUGUACAUGUUUUUUGCCAACAUCCUGCCCGCGUUGGCGUUCAGUCUGGACAUGCUGCACAAGACGAACGGGGAGUACGGAGUGAACGAGACGCUGUUGGCUAGUGUGCUGGGGGCGGUGGUGUUUAGUGUGGGAGCGUGCCAGCCGAUUGUGAUUGUGGGGGUUACGGGGCCGAUUACGGUUUUUAAUUAUACGGUGUAUAAUAUCAUGAAGGACUCUGGGACUUACUACCUUGGGUUCAUGUGCUGGAUUGGACUGUGGAGUUUGGUGUUUCAUUGGGUUUUGGCGGUGACGAAUUCUUGUAAUUGGCUUAGCUAUGUCACCCGCUUUCCCUGUGACAUCUUUGGCUUCUACGUCGCGCUUAUUUAUCUCCAAAAGGGCGUUCAAAUCCUCGAGACGCUCGGUGACGGCUCGCCGUUUUGGCUGUCGGUUGUUGUGUCGCUGCUUGUCUUUUGCAUUGCUUAUAUAUGUGGAGAGAUUGGCACAAAAUCCACGCUGUUCAAGCACUGGAUUAGGGUGUUUAUCAAAGACUACGGCACCCCGUUGACGGUGAUUUUUUUUACGGGGUUUGCCCACAUGGGCAGGAUGAAGAAUGUGCCUUUGGAGACGCUUCCGACGGGUGUAGCGUUUAUGCCGACGGUGGAGUCGAGGGGGUGGUUUGUUCACUUUUGGGACUUGCCGAUAGGGCACGUGUUUUUGGCGAUUCCGUUUGCGGUUUUGUUGACGGUGUUGUUUUGGUUUGAUCACAAUGUAUCCUCCCUCAUAGCCCAAGGCUCAGAGUACCCCCUCCGCAAACCAGCCGGCUUCCACUGGGACCUCUUUCUGCUAGGUCUCACAACGGGAAUCUCGGGGCUGUUGGGCCUGCCGUUUCCUAACGGUCUGAUACCCCAAGCCCCUUUUCACACCGAGUCCCUCUGCGUAACAGAAGUCGUCACCUCUUCCUCUUCCUCGUCCUCUUCCUCUUCCUCGUCCUCUUCCUCUUCCUCGUCCUCUUCCUCUUCCUCGUCCUCUUCCUCUUUCGAGCAUGGCGGCAAACCCCAACUGAAAGCAACCCACGUGGUGGAACAACGCGUCUCCAACCUCGCCCAGGGGCUGAUAACACUCGUCGCCAUGACGGGCCCGCUUCUGUCGGUGCUGCAUCUCAUCCCGCAGGGGGUUCUGGCGGGGUUGUUUUUUAUUAUGGGGUUCCAGGCGCUGGAGGGGAAUGGGAUCACGCUGAAGUUGGUGUAUUUGCUUCAGGAGAGGAGGCUCAGGCCGAGGGACAGUCCGUUGAGGGGGUGUCCUGACAAGAAGAUCUGGUUGUUUGUUGGGUUGGAGUUGCUUGGGUUUGCGGCGACGUUUGCGAUUACGCAGACGGUGGCGGCGGUGGGGUUUCCGGUUUUUAUCAUUUUGUUGAUUCCGGUUAGGGCGGUGGUGCUGCCUAGGUGGUUGGGGGAGGGGGAGUUGGGGGUGCUGGAUGGGCCGACUGCGAGUGAGUUUACGAUGAUUAGCUGUGGGGGGAAUAGCUUUGGGGGAAGGUCUGCGGGGAGUGGGAACGGGCAGAGGGAUCAAGGGGCGGUUUUGGAGGGGGAGGGCGCUGGGGAGGAGACGGAUGGGGAUGGGUCGGGGGGGAGGAGGAAGAGGAGGGGCGAUGAGGAGAUGGGGGAGAGCAGGGGGCUAGAGGUUGGUGGGGAGGGGGGGGUUACCAGGAGGAGGUUGAGCAGGGGGCAGAAUACGGGGGAUGAGAUCAAUAGGGCCUGA